AUGAGACCCGAAAUGCUGUUAAAGAUAAAAGAAGAAGUCAAGAAACAAUUUGACGCUGGCUUCCUACAAGUCUCAAAGUAUCCAGAAUGGGUAGCUAAUAUAGUCCCAGUGCCGAAGAAAGAUGGCAAGGUGCGAAUGUGCGUGGAUUAUCGUGAUCUGAAUCAAGCAAGCUCUAAGGAUAACUUUCCUUUACCGCACAUCGACACUUUGGUGGAUAAUACGGCAAAGCAUUCUCUGUUUUCUUUCAUGGAUGAAAGAGAGCAUGUUGGGAGUCUUAGGAAGCUGUUUGAAAGAUUAAGAAAGUUCCAGUUGAAGCUUAACCCGGCCAAAUGUACAUUUGGGGCUACCUCAGGAAAACUGCUAGGUUUCAUUGUUAGUGAAAGAGGUAUCGAGGUUGAUCCAGAUAAGAUAAAAGCUAUACAAGAAUUGCCUCCCCCGCGUACACAAAAGGAAGUCAGAGGUUUUUUAGGAAGGUUGAAUUACAUUGCUCGAUUCAUUGCUCAACUUACCAAUCAGUGUGACCCAAUUUUUCGACUCCUUCGAAAACGUAAUCUGGGAGAAUGGAACGAGGAGUGCCAAGUGGCCUUCGACAAGAUAAAACAGUAUCUAUCUAAUCCUCCUGUGCUAGUACCACCGACCCCUGAAAAACCCUUAAUUUUGUACCUGACCGUGUUUGAGAACUCAAUGGGUUGCGUACUGGGACAACAUGAUGAGUCGGGGAAAAGAGAGAAGGCAAUUUACUACCUCAGCAAGAAGUUCACAGAAUAUGAGGCAAAAUACCCUUCAAUUGAGAAGUUUUGUUGGAGAAUGGCCAGAUGGCAGAUCCUAUUGACUGAGUAUGACAUUGUAUAUGUGAGCCAAAAGUCGAUAAAAGGAAGCGCAAUAGCUGACUUCUUGGCAAGUCGAACAACGGAGGAAUACGAGCCUUUGAUAUUUGAGUUCCCAGAUGAAGAUUUGAUGUGCAUUUCAGAAAAAGAGGGCGAGUCAUCAAAAGGAAAGUCAUGGAAGAUGAGCUUUGAUGGUGCUUCAAAUGCAUUGGGGCAUGGGAUAGGAGCAGUCUUAGUGUCACCUGAAGGCGACCAUUACCCGCUUACUACUAGAUUGAAUUUCUUCUGUACAAAUAAUAUAGCGGAAUAUGAGGCUUGCAUCAUGGGACUUCGUGCAGCUAUCAAGAGAAAAAUCAAAAUUUUAGAGGUACACGAGGACUCAGCAUUAGUCAUUUAUCAAAUUCGUGGAGAUUGGGAAGUGAGAGAUCCAAAAUUAGUCAAAUAUCAUGAUCUCGUUGCAGAGCUGAUCAAGGAGUUCUAUAAAGUGACUUUUAACUACUUUCCACAAGAGGAGAACCAACUGGCUGAUGCUCUAGCCACAUUGGCUUCGAUGUUCAAGGUAAACAGAGAAACUGAGAUAAUGCCCAUCCAAAUGAGCAUAUAUGAGACCCCCGCACACUGCUUUAGUAUUGAGGAGGAGUCAGAUGGACGACCAUGGUUCCAUGAUAUCUUAGAGUAUAUCAAGAAUCAAAGGUACCCCGAGCAAGUAAACGAGAAUGACAAAAGAACAAUCAGGAGAAUGGCGUUUGGAUUUGUUCUUGACGGGGAUAUUCUAUACAAAAGGGGAAAAGAUCAAGUGCUCCUGAGGUGCGUGGACGCUGUUGAAGCUAGAAAGAUACUUGAAGAGGUUCAUGAAGGAAUUUGUGGAACACAUGCCAGUGGUUUCACCAUGGCCAGGCAGAUUAUGAGACUUGGUUAUUAUUGGCUGACGGUGGAAAGGGAUUGCAUUGAAGCCACUUCGUUUGCUAAUGUGACAAAGGCUGCAGUGUGUAGGUUCUUAAAAAAGGAGAUUAUAUGUCGAUAUGGUCUGCCUGAAGGAAUCAUUUCAGAUAAUGCUUUAAAUUUGAACAACAAGAUGAUGAAAAAAGUAUGUGAGCAAUUCCAGAUAAAACAUCAUAAUUCUUCGCCCUAUCGCCCAAAGAUGAACGGAGCAGUAGAAGCCGCUAAUAAGAACAUUAAGAGGAUUAUUGGGAAGAUGACUGAGACAUAUAAAGACUGGCACGAUAAGCUACCAUUCGCUUUUAUGACAUCGCACCUCGAUGCACGGACGCUCACGGGCAACUCCUUUUCUCCGGUCUAUGGAAUAGAAGCCGUUCGCUUAUCAAGUAGAGAUCCCAUCCUGCGCGUGCGCCAAGAGAAUUUCGCGAAGGAGAGCUCAGAUCGAGAAAGAUUCUCCGAUCUGAAGGACUUUCGAGGAAAAUGGUCACCAAAUUGGGAAGGACCAUACGUUGUAAAGAGGGCAUUCUCAGGAGGGGCUCUGAUUCUCACUGAGAUGGACGGGAAAGAAUUACCUAAUCCAGUGAACUUAGAUGCUGUGACGGCGCAAGUGGCCGAUGUGACAACGGCGGUGGCAGACGAGGAUGGGACGUCCGGCGACUGUGGCAGGGCAAGUGGACGUGCGGCGGGUGGCUGA